AUGGAAGCCACGGGCAACCAAAUUAUAUACCAGUCACCAUGGGGAUCUAUACUCCCACAGCCGGCCAAACCGCUCAACAUUUGGGAUUUCAUCAGGUCAACAAUUUCGGAGGAAGCUUUAAAAAGUCAUGAAUCCCGCUGCAUUGAAGUUGAAAGUGGUGAAGCGUGGACUUUGUCACAAAUUCUCAAUCACGCGGAGACGCUGGCAAAAUAUUUAGUGGAUUCUUUCGGCGGUCGUCGCUCUACUUGGAAUACGGAAGGUGCUAAUGUUGACUAUGAUGUUAUUACCAUCGGUGUACUUGCUCCAAACAUACCGGCAUUUCCUAUAGUAUCUUACAGCUGCAUGGCAGCUGGAUUGCCCGUGGCACCUUUACCCGUUGGAUCCUCAUCCUCAGAAAUUGCCUAUCUUGUCCGUCUUGCUCAGUGCGAGAUCGUAUUCGUGCAUCCAUCUCAAUUAAGUAUCAUCAAAAAAAGUGGUUAUCCUCCGGAACGCAUCAUUUUAACAGAUUCCGUCGAAGGAUGGGACGGACAAACCUUGCCGGAUCUCAUGGUGAUUGCAGAGAAACUUCCUGCGUUUGCUACUGAUCGCAAACAUCCCAUGCCAAAGCAUGAGGUUGCCUUAGUAGUUUUCUCCAGCGGCUCGUCCGGAAAUCCUAAAGGUAUUGAACUUUCCCUUACUUCAUUCCUUACUGGUCAGCCUAGAAUAUCGAAUAACACAUGCUUCUCCUUAAUCUAUCAUAGCUGUAAUGAUAACACAUCAAAACAUAUGUGCACUGCUUAUAUCUCGGGCGCUCACUUCUGGUCCAAAUCCUGGUGUAAAAAAGAAAACCGUCCUCCUAUCAGUCCUCCCCACCAUAUUUAUGGCGUCAUCAUCCCCCUUUUGGACGGUGUCACACAAUGCACUUUGAGAAGCUGGAACGUCCAAACUGUUUUUCGUGCUAUCGCAAAAUAUAACAUUACCACCAUGGGGCUUGUACCUACAAUGGCUCUGCAAAUCAUCUCGGCGGCCGAUCGCCUUGAAAAUGUUGACUUAUCUUCACUGACUUCAGUCUUUGUGGGCAGCUCUGCCAUAAAUCCCAGUCAAAAACAAAGACUUUUUGACUUGCUCAAGUCGCGAGGUGCAUUGGCUGCUGAACACGACGGCUCUUCUAUAAUCGAUGGAUAUGGAAUGAGUGAGACUACCUCGGGUAUCACCACUUGGUCAAAGGACGGCACUCCUGCCACCCGUGCACGUCUGGGAACCGUCGGUUUUUUGAUGCCUGGCUCCCAAGCGCGUAUCAUUUCAGAAUCCUCCAACAAUCCUAUGGGCGAAGAUAUGCCCAAGCACAUGGCUGGGGAGUUGUGUUUGCGUGGCCCUACAAUCAUGAAAGGCUAUCUUGCCGAUCCGGAGGCUUCUCGCGCCACCUUCACAUCGGAUGGGUGGUUGAGAACUGGCGAUAAAAUGAGGAUUGACACCGAGGGGCAACUAAUUUACUUCGAUCGUCUCAAAGACACAUUCAAAAACCGUGGCAAGCAAGUAUCACCCUCAGAAAUUUCUUCUUUGAUCUACAAGCAUCACUCGGAUCUGAUUGCCGAGCUCUCAGUGAUUGGUGUACCUGCUCAAGGUGAUUCGCAAGUUAUCGGAGAGGAGGCAUGGGCUUUCGUGGCGCUCAAAGUCAACUCUCUGAGCCGACAGGAUAAAGGAAGAUUAGCGGAGAGUAUCAAAAACAUCACCCGAGAACAGCUUUCCAUUCAUAAGUGGGUUGUUCGAGUUGAAUUCUUGGAUGAACUUCCCAAAGGCUCGACGCACAAGAUACUGGCCAGAGCCCUGCGAGAUCUGGCAAUGAUGCUUGCCACUAAUAAAAAUCAAUCGAAGUUGUAA